GCUUCAUGUUACAAGCGAUGGCUAGCGCUGAGCUCUUCCGUACAUCGGACACUUUGUGUCCAACUGCAACCCUCUCACGCGAUUUAUUACUGGUAUAGAGAAAUCUCAAUCUCUAAGCUGAUUGGACCGCGGUAUAUCAAAGGUCCAAGCCACCGACAUAUACCCAUGCACGAAGCUGAUCAUGGCACUACGAUACCCUGUUCUUUGCGUUUGUGACGAGGGAUCAAUUACAUUGAAUUAGAAAGUUCUACGAUAUCGUAAAUAACAGUAACGUCAAGAUAAUCUCGUAACAAAGUAUCGUCUCCGGUACUAGGUAGCUAUCAGCUGAGCGAGAAUCGACAAUGGCAUCUCCGUUGGCUAAAAUCGGCAUAAUCUCCAUCGGAGAUAUGGGGGUGGGAAUUGCCAAGCUACUGAUCGCCAACAGAUUCUCAGUUGCGACGAAUAUCAAAGGUCGAAGCAACGACACUCUCGAGCGCGCUAAGGCUGCGCAAGUCGAGCUCCUCGACUCGGAUGAGGCCCUAACGCAAGCCUGCUCCGUCAUCCUCUCUGUCGUGCCACCCCGCGAUGCCGUCGCAACCGCGCAGCGCAUUGUGGACGCCCUCACAGGGCCCCUACGGCGGGACUCCUCGUCCCCGCUCUACUACGCGGACUUAAACGCCGUCGCGCCCUCGAGCGUAAAGCACAUCGCCUCGCUCUUCACCAGCAACAAGCAGAUUAGCUCCUCCGUGCGUUUCGUCGACGGAUGCAUCCUCGGCGGACCACCCGCACUUAAACCCGAUACCUCGGAAUGGUAUCUCCCCAGCCUCCCCACAUCCGGUCCGCACUCUCUCUCCUCGAUCCCAGACUACGGGCCGCAGCUCUUCUCCGCGCUAAACAUGAAGCACAUCUCCGAGGACAUCGGCGCCGCUAGUGGGCUUAAGAUGUGUUUCGCGAGCAUGGGUAAGGGCUUCAUCUCACUCGCCAUCCAAUCCUUCACAACGGCGCACCGUCUCGGAGUCCUGGACACGAUGAAAGCAGAACUAGCGGCCGUGCUGCCGAUGCACCUGACCAUGGCCGAAAAGGGUGUCGUGAGUAUGGCGCCCAAGGCGUACCGGUGGGCCGGGGAGAUGGAAGAGAUCGCGCGCACGUUGCAGGAGGAGGGCGGUUUCGAACCAGACUCGUUUAUCGGUGCUGCGAAGGUGUAUAGGCUUGUGGCGGACGAUACGGUGUUAGGUGAGGAGAAGAUAGGGAAGAGGAAGCGGGGUACGACGGUGGAGGAUAUGGCGGUUGCGGUGGCGGAGGGGUUGCAGUCGAAGAAGAAGAAGAAUGAGUAGAGGGUUAGAAGGGGGAGAUGGAGAUAGACAUUGUUAAAGGUGGGUUGAGAGUAGAUAUAGGCAAUGCCAUGCCUAUUAUAGAUCUAGACUUGGGGGUUAUAAUGUCUUAACUUCCCAUGGUAGAAAUCCCAAGGCACCCUUAGUAUCAUAACAGCUCAAAGUACCUAGUAAAAAGACAAAUCGGAAAACUAUGGAUGGGAUAUACCUAGUAAAGGGUUGCAGGUGUCUACCAUCACGAUCUGCUUCAGACACUACACCUGCAUUUACUG